ACAGUCCGAAAGUGCUCCACGUCUAUCCUCCCAAUCCACGCGCGCUGAUUUAUACGGCUACGCGACAUACGCUUAUGGUAAACCAAAAGUGAAGCUCGGCCCCCGACCAUCCCUAGAUACAAACAAAAGACCUUCGACGACGGAAAACUUUCGCCCCACUGCAGCCUUGCCGGCAGGAUUUAAGCUAUUCUCCAAGGGGACUAAGAAGGGGCAAUCUCAAGAUAUGGAACAGGUCGAGAAGACUGAAGAAGCUGAGGGGGUUGCUUUGGAUACCGCCCUCGCAUCAUCUAAACCUAUCCCUGAGGUUCCACAAGGCACUGGCCUUCAACUGCCCUCGCGACCCGCAACGAGCUCGGGAGCUUCUAUUAAAUCAGCCACUCAAUCGCUAGCGCCCCCACCAACAAAGGAGGUGAAAAUCACACCUGAGAAAGCACGACUUAUGAAGGCCAUGAAGCUGAGGGAAAAGAAAAAGAUGAUGAGUACUACAACGUCAGAGCAGACAGCACCGUUAGAUAAUCCACCUCCAGGCGAGGAGAAAGAAGGAUGUGAUACUGAAUCUAAAGAUUCUCUACGAAUCAAGAGCGACACUGGUCACCGUGCCGUAUCCAACGCAGAUUCUGGUAUUGCCAUUGACCCACCCACCCCGAUGACGAUCAAUACCGAGGAUACAUCCGACUCCCGCCCAAAUUCUCCGACGGGUGCAACAUCAUCUGAAAUAGGGGCAUCCACGAAAGCAUCCUCCCUAUCUGAGUCGACUGACGAAACUGUCCAGGCCUCGAAAGACAUAAGGAAAGAGGCUGAGGAGGUUGCGCCUAGAGACCUUCCAGGAAUGGGAGACAGGCUAGAACAGACUGAGACAAACACGGAUGUUUUAGACGCAAAAAAUACUGAAAUAAGUCAGAAAUCUCAAGAGAGUCCAGACCAUCCUACACAAACAACAGGGCAUUCGAUCCCCAGUUCAGUCAAGGCGGAUGGUCGUACUGAUAUCAUCUCGCCGCCCAACUCAAAGGGUAACGAGAAACCCCCGAGCGAAGAGGACACGCCCAAAUCACCUUUGAGAUUGCCUGUUUCGAAAUUCUCUUCCAACGAGCCGCAAACCCCAGCUGAACAGAGAUCACCAACAACUCCCCGCCUAAGAUCAAAAUUCUCUAUACCAGAUAUUUCUCUUCCCGCAGAGCCCGUUCCCUCUCUACCGAACACAUCCGUAGAAUACCGUGAGCAGACCGGAGGCGAAUCAUUCCCAAAGGCUGCCUCAGAGAUUACGCUUCCCCCGAAAUCAGCUAAGCGCAUGACUGUCGUCGGAACUAUUCGAACCGACUUUACGAAGACCACGCCUCACUCUGAAACCUCCGAUCCUCUUCUCGACGAUGCUUUGAUGGAGGAGCUACAGUCAGCAACGUUACAGGAAGCUAAACCUAUGCUCGUGUCCAAGUCGCCCAUUACUCCCGUUUUCCCCAAUUCUAGUUCCGUCAAGCCAGGACCGCCACUAUCACGUGCAGUUUCAAAUCCGAUGCGUGGGCCUCUCCUGGCACCUAGUGAUGUAUCACAGAGCAGCGCUAGAAGUGUAUCGGCGGGUGGUGCGGCUCUACUACACAAUAUCACCCGACAGUCGUCGAAUGCUGGUUUGCAAGCUAAGAAGAACAAUCUCGGCUCGAGCAUUUCGCAGAGAAUCAAAGCCUUAGAGAAGCUUUCAGGCCCUGGUGGCCCAGAAGAAGUCCGUCCUAAAACCGCAGCACCAUCUUCGGCUUUCUUCAGUGUUCGUAGGCAGAGUAUCAGAGAACCGUCGAGAUCCCCUUCUGUGGUGGAUCAUGACGGUUCUCCGGAGCAGCAUAUUCCCACAGCUGAACAAUCUCAAGAAAGACCACCUAAACUUUCCGGCGCAGAGAGGCGUGAGAGGUCUCGCUCGGUGGCUAGUCGAUUGUCUAUGUUUGAAAUACCAACGCAGAAUUCACCUCGUGGGCGGCCUGAAUCGAUCCAAGUUACUGCAAGAAUCGUCCGCGAUCCUAGUCAAAAUCUACCGGGGAAACCUGAAGUAAAUGCGAGCCCCAGCGACUAUCCCCAGCUUGAAUUAAAGCAGUCACCACUCAUUGUAGAUCUACAAAGACCGGAAUUAUCUCAGCCUGUUCCUGAGCCAGUGCCAACCCCAUUAGCACAGGUGUCUAAGGAGACAAUUCAAGAGAGACGUGAUAAAAAGUCAACCUCUGAUGAUGGUGAGAAGAAGCAUCGGCGCUCUUCUUUGAGCGUAGUCAAGGAUUUUAUCAAAGACCGCCGAACAUCAACUGCUAGCAAAUCGACUGAUAACUUAGCGAUAAUGUCUCCGAACGGAUCAAAGUCUCCAAAUAGGCCACCGUCAGCCCAUCAGAGCAGUGGCGGUUUCGCGCGACGUUUGUCAAUUUCAAGCCAUCGUUCAUCUUUCAGUCGUGAGCGGGAGAAUUCAACGUCGACGCCUAUCGGGUCGCCCGCCGUCCUAAGCGACAGUGGUUCUGGAGAUGAUGACAAGAAGAGUGAUAAAAAGUCCGAGACACGAGCGUCUCGAUUCAUGAGGCGCUUGUCGAACUCUCUUAAUGGAAACAGGAAAGUUACCAGCCCGCACAUUUCUCCUACUGUCGCCGAGGAAGAUGCGGAUCAGCUUGUCGCUCCUACGACUAAUGUCUCCCUGUCUUCUCAACCAGCAGUUGUAGCGUAUAUGGGAGAUGUGAAUGUGCAAUUUCCGGACAACUUGCUAUGGAAGCGCCGCAGCAUGUCUCUAGACACUCAAGGAUUCUUAUUCUUGAGUGCUAUCCAAGGCGCUGCAACGGGUGGAAAGGACAAGGCUGUCGCUGCUGGUGCUAAGCGUUAUCACUUGAGCGAUUUCCGUGCGCCCUACAUCCCUGAUGUCGAGAUCCAGGAACUCCCCAACAGCGUUGUCUUAGAUCUUAUGGAAGGCUCCUGUUUGCAGAUUGCCUGCGAAGACCGAGCCGGUCAGUUAAAUAUAUUACAUGCUCUCCAAGACGCGCACCAAAGCCACAGCUCCUUCAGACAAUAAACUCUUCGAGGUCUUUCUAUUAUCCCGAGUGGCCUACUUCCGAAUUGCGAAAAUUUCCUUGAUUACGACAGAUACCCGAACCUCUUUUCAUCGUUGUGCCAAUAAGACGCAUUCUCUGCAUUUCCUUUUGUACCCUCAGAUUCACACAGUCUAACGACUCUUUUCAUUCCGACAGCAAUUGUCACCUCUAUUUCCAUUUUCUAUAGAGUCGACCCAGCUUAGAACGGACAUACGCUUGCUUAGUAUGUUCCUCUGGGCUUCUGUACAUAGCAACAACAUUGGCGUGCGUUACAAAAGCCCGCAAUGUAUCUAUUAUUAAAAAUUAAGUAUGAAAGUCAUCUAAUGUAAAAUCCCC